UCACUCCCCUUUUUUCUUGAUUACAUUUACACCCUAUCAUCAUCAUCAACAUCAUCUUAUAUCAAUCCUCAGCAAACAUUUCUCCUAAAACAAAAAACAUUCUCUCUGUGCUCUUACAGGUGAAUACUUUUGAAUUCUUGAAGAAGUUCUGCAAGAAAUAUGGCGUUGAGGCCUAUUGACAAUGCAUUGCCAGUCACUCCUGAAAGACCCAAGAAGCAAGCAAAAAUCGUAAUCCCGGCUCACAACGAGAAGCAACAAUUGCCGGAACUUGUUGUGAAUGACGAAAACAAAGCCCCUUUACCGCAACCAUCUUCUGCGGAUGCUUCCAUUGACUACGUUUCCUCUGAAAAUCUCAAAGCAUUUCAAGACCCGGAUGUUAAGAUUCAGGGUCUUGUUGGUGGGUUAGAGUCUAAAGAUUGGUUGAAGGUUUGUGAAUCACUCAAUGAUAUUAGGCGUUUUGCGCUCUAUCACUCCGGUCUCUUGCUGCCAUUUCUGGACAAAGUGCUUUCACUGAUGGUGAAGGCAAUCAAGAAUCCAAGAAGUGCACUGUGCAAGACCUCUAUCAUGGCUGCUUCUGAUAUUUUUAAGGCCUUUGGUGGAAGUUUACUCGACUCCACUUCUGACGCUUUCAACCAGUUGUUGUUGCAGCUAUUACUGAAAGCUUCCCAAGAUAAGAAAUUUGUAUGUGAAGAAGCAGACAGGGCAUUGUUGGCAAUGGGGGAGGUCAUGUCUCCUCUUCCCUUGCUCCACAAGCUCGGUUUGUACGCCGGGCACACAAACCUCAGAGUCAGAGCAAAAGCUGCAAUUUCUAUCUCUAACUGUGUUUCCAGAAUGGAUCUGAAAAGUAUGGAAGAAUUUGGCUUGGUUUCAUUGAUCAAAAUCGUGUCAAAUUUGUUAAACGACAAGCUUCCCGAGGCAAGAGAGGCAGCAAGAGGUAUUGCAAUUUCACUGUUCAGCGCAAUUACAGAGAAUGAAGAAGAGAAGCAGGAGGCCUGGCAAAGCUUUUGCCAGUCUAAUCUUCCAGCCAUUCGUGCACAAGCUAUGGUUAAACUUGUUUCGUCUUAAUUUAGUAGUAGUAGUGUAAGGAAAUUGGAUUGAAGUAUCUUUUAGCUUCAGUUCUGAUGUGAUGAGAUUUAAUUCCUUCCAUGUAAAAAUCAUGUUUACAUGAUUCUAUGUUAGGACAAUGUCUAAUAAUGCCAUCAUUUGUUCUCAUUUACU